AUGCUCCUGGCCCUCACAGCCGGCAUCGGCAUCGUUGCGGCUCAAGUUGGCCCUCUGGGCACGGAUGGAAGGCCAACAACCUAUACCGCAAACUACUUCGACCAGCCCAUCGAUCAUUUCCAGACCAGCUCUCGGUAUGCGCCCAACACAAAUGCCACUUUCAAGCAAAGGUACUAUUUCGACGACACGUACUACAAGCCGGGAGGCCCGGUCUUCCUCUACAUCAGUGGCGAGACCAGCGGACCAUCACGCUUUUCGAAUCUUCAGACCGGGAUCAUCCAGAUCUUGAUGAAUGCGACGGGCGGAUUAGGUGUCAUCCUUGAGAACAGAUACUAUGGUGAAAGCUAUCCGUUUCCGAAUUCUACAACUGACAAUCUGCGAUUCCUCACCACCGAGCAGACUAUUGCCGACAAUGCGUAUUUCGCUCAACAUGCUACAUUCCCUAACGUCACCGGUGGGAACAACCUCACGGCUCCAGGCCACCCGUGGAUCUUGUAUGGGGGCAGUCUCGCCGGUGCACAGACAGCCUUUUCUCUCGUAGCGUAUGAAGGACUUCUUUGGGGAGGCAUUGCUGCUUCGGGCGUGAUCCACGCCGUUCUGGGAUAUCCUGAAUGGUAUGAUCCCAUACAGGAGAAUGGGCCCCAGGAUUGCAUCUCCCGAAUCAACAACAUCAUCGAUAAAAUGGACUACCUAAUCCAACAGAAUAACACGAAAGCUAUUCAGCAGUUGAAGGAUAUCUUUGGACUCGGAACUUUGAGUGAUCUCAGAGAUUUCGCAAUGACUAUUGCAUUCCCCUUGGGCGGACCGAUGAAUUACCCUACCAACACCUGGCAAGAGCUCAACUGGUAUCCAGCCUAUGACAGCCCAGACUUCUUCUUGUUUUGCAACAACAUCACCAACAUGGACGCCCCAGCAAGCAUCACCUCAGUGGACACGCAGUUGGCGAACUACACCAAUGGCUCGGCCUGGACUGGACUGGGAGCGUAUGCGAACUAUGUCAAAGAAGUGAUUGUCUCGACCUGUGACAGUCCAGACCUGAUUGACACGACUGAAUGCUUCUCCACUCAAAACGCAACUUUCUACGCCGAUCCGACCAAUUCAGCUUCUCGCUCCUAUCUCUACAGUACAUGUAUAGAGCAAGGCGCCUACCAACUCCCGCAGCCGUACGGGAAACCGUCUCUUCUCUCCCGGGUCAUUGGCCUCGACUACACCCAGCAAUGGUGCACGUGGGCAUUCCCGCCGGGUCCACUGUCGCCUCAAGCUGUGCCGGCUCCGGACGGCCCCAACCUGACGUGGUACAACCAUUACGGCGACUUCAAUCUCUCGGCGCCGAGACUGGCGCUGAUCGACGGUGGAAGCGACGUGUGGCGGGACGUAUGCUACCACGGCCGCAACGCCAGCACGCGGUACGGGGCGAACCAGAUGCUCAUCACCGGCGGCGGCCACCACUGGGACAGCUCGGGGAUCCUGAACAUCAGCGCGGAGCCGGACUUCAUCAAAGCGGCGCAUGAAUGGGAGCUGAGGCAAGUGACGGGCUGGUUGGAUGAGUGGGAUGCGACGCAUGAGAAGAAGGUCAGAAAGAGGGACGAGCUGUAA